AUGAAUGUAUAUUUCCAGCCUCAGGUGAAGCCCAUAAACAGAUACGCUCCACCAGAUUACAUGACAAUAAUGUACCACCCGACUCCGACACUAGAGGACCUGGGGUUAACCAGAUAUCUGGACAGUCCUCCGUCGUCACCCAGAGCUACAUCACCAGUCCGGGAGUUCACAAACAUUUCAGAACAGGAGACAAAACAGACUCUCUCAGGGAACGGAUUGUCCAUGCCAACUUUGACAACGCAAAAACAGAUGAUUGGUAGAUCUCAGACUGUCUCAGUCAACAACUCGAAUAAUAACUCAACAAGGAACGUCAGACCUUCAGCGCACGUCCCAAAAUUUGCUCCUAAAGGCUGGGCCCCUCCUUCUGAGGCACGCAAUCCCUCCCAGAGGCGUGGUCAAACAGAGAGAAUGGGGGGAAGUCACGUUGCACUAACAAUGACUGCUUCUUCUGUGGGUGCAAAAACUGAAUCAAAAUCUGUCAAUCCUGCAGGACAAAUGAACAGUGUUGCUGUGAACAGAUCCAAGAAAGCGGCAUGUGAUUGGUCAACACUUGCUGCGCAGUAUUCCACAGAAAGUUGUCAGUCUGACAGUCAGGAGACGAGACGUGACGCAGUGUAUAGACGCUACAAUGGUGAAGCGCGCCUCUCAAGUAAUCAAGAGACGCAUGACGCACAGCGUCGCCAGAACCAAAACGCAUGGCGUCAAAUGAAUAAUACGUCACAGAUUCUUCCCUCCAACCAGCAGAUAUAUGACCAGAUAAUGGCUCAGGAGAAAGCUAGACAAAAUGUUCAUCAGCAACAGCUUGAGUCCAAUGUCAAGUCUGCGCAGAUUACAGGCGUCAAAAUGGAGGAGUUGAUUAGCUCGGAGACGAAGGAAAAAGUGCUUGGAGACAUGAAUGAUCUAUUUGGUGGCAUGUCGCCAUUUAGCUGCUGGAUGCAAUCACCAACCAAAGAUCCAAGAUUUUCUUAGCAUCUGAGCUUUGUGUCCAUUUUGACAGUCACAACAUGACUUUGUCAAAAGCAGUUUCCUCCUGGAUUUUGAAUGGAAACUUUUGCAUUCUUAUAGACUUUUACUACCACGUGCAUUCUUAGAGACUUUUACUACCACGUGCAUUCUUAGAGACUUUUACUACCACGUGCAUUCUUUGAGACUUUUACUACCACGUGUAUUCUUUGAGACUUUUUACUACCACGUCUUUCAAAGGAGCUGUCAGUGACAUACAGGCAAAUUAUUUGUGAUUUUAUUAUUAGAAUUAAAUAAUACUUUUAAUUGACAUUUCGUUAUUGUCUUGGACAAUUUUCUCAUCGUUGUCUGUGACAACCCUCUUUUUAUAUAUUGUUUGUGACAAUGAUUUUUAU